UAACCGACAAAAAUUCUUUCUUCUAGCUUACUUUGUCCUUUCCAUGUUCUGUCUUUCUCUUCUGCCAAAAAUCAUAGCGCCUCCAUUCAUUUUCUCAAGAAACAAACACAAACCACCAAACCCCAUAUUCUAUAAAAUUUUAACUCAAACCUUAACCUCUUUGUUUUCUCUUUCUACACGCCAGAGAAACAAAAAAACACUUAAUCAAACCCUUAAAUUAUAGUUUAAAACUUUACUACUUUACCAUGCAAUUCUUAUUAUCAACUUUUCACACCUAAAACUGAUUCUAAUCUUGUGUUUUUAGUGGUUUCGUCAAUCCAAAUGGGUACUGCAACAUCCUCUAUGGCGGCGAAGUUCGCCUUCUUCCCGCCAAACCCUCCGUCGUAUUCCAUAAUUGUCGAUGAAGCAACUGGGAAACUCAGGAUCUCAGAUGUCCACCAGAGAGACGACGUGGAUGUUUUGAAAUUGAACACCAAAAAAGGAAACGAGAUUAUUGCUUUGUACGUGAAGAACCCAUCGGCUUCACUCACUGUGUUGUAUUCUCAUGGAAAUGCUGCUGAUCUUGGUCAGAUGUUUCACAUUUUCAGCGAGCUCAGUGUUCAUCUUAACGUUAGCCUCAUGGGGUACGAUUAUUCUGGGUAUGGACAGUCUUCUGGAAAGCCAAGUGAGCAGGAUACAUAUGCAGACAUAGAGGCGGCCUAUAAAAGUCUUGAGGAGAGUUAUGGAGUUAAGGAGGAAGAUAUAAUAUUGUAUGGACAGUCAGUUGGAAGUGGACCUGCUCUGGAAUUGGCUACACAUUUGCCUCGACUCAGGGCUGUCAUUCUUCAUAGUCCAAUCUUGUCUGGCCUUCGUGUUAUGUAUCCUGUGAAGAGAACAUUCUGGUUUGACAUUUACAAGAACAUUGAUAAAAUUCCUCUGGUCGACUGCCCAGUUCUGGUAAUUCAUGGAACUGAGGAUGAAGUUGUGGACUUUUCCCAUGGUAAGCAGCUAUGGGAGCUGUGUAAAGAGAAAUAUGAACCAUUGUGGCUCAAGGGAGGAAACCACUGCAAUUUGGAGCUCUUCCCUGAGUAUUUAAGACAUCUCAGGAACUUUAUAUCAGCUAUUGAGAAAUUACCCCGCCUUCGAAAUGUAUCUGAAAAGACAGAAGAUCAACCAGAUCAGCCACAGAACUCUACAGACCAGAAAACGGAGAAGUCAAGGCCGAGCACAGACCAUAGAGAAAAGGGUAGGCCUAGCACUGGACAGAGAGAAAAAUCUCGGCUAAGCACUGAUAGUAAAGAGAAAUCAAGAGCUAGUACUGACAAGAAAGAAAAGUUGUCAAGAAGAAGCGUGGAUCGUUCAGGAAAGGCAAGGAACAGCUUAGACCACCCAGAAAGAGCUAGAAAUAGCUUUGACCGGUUUGGAGAUAUGGUGAGAUCAGUUGGAUUAUGUAAUGUUGAUUGCUUAAGGCAGACAGCUGCAGAGGUUUGAGGUAGUUAAGAAAGUUCAAUACUUACAGGCUUGUAAAUUUCUGUACUAGUAAAAUUUGUUUGAAAUGUAAUUGAAUCCAUUACAGUUUUUCUCUGGAAUGUUGCUUUGGGUUUUGCGGAUUGAUUAUCUAGUCAAUGGAAAGGAACAGUGUUUUCUUUGAGGGAAAGUACAAAUAAUUGCAGCACCAUCGAAGCUGAAAGAGCAGUUGUUUUAUCAUAUAAGCUAUUGUAAAGUUUGGAUAUUAGCUUAUUUAUUUAUUAAUUUAUUUUCAUAAAUUCCACUUAGAAUACUGGCGGAAAGAUUUGUAAUUCUUGAAGAUAGAAGUUAUGUCACUCUAUCUUGAAGACCUUUUCACCUUCUAAAAUUAGUUGGUGAAAACUUCUUCUAGCUUUACUGUCAGUUGAGUGGCUACUUAUUCAAUUAUGUAAUGCUAUUCCAAA